UCCCAUCAGAGCACAGCCCUCCGUCACAUGGUUCGCUGUUGGUUCUUUACCCAGGAGUGAUAGAGGAGGGCCAGGACAAACAAAAGUGAACGCUGAGGAGGAUAACGCCGAGCUUCGCCUACAGCAGAGACAGACACAGGGGCGGACGAAUCUCUCUCUUUUCCCUAGAGAAUGAAUGUUGCAAUUUUUGUAUCAGUUUGGAGCACUAUCAUGUAAAACUCCGCCAUAUUCAGCCCACCACGCCCGGAGCUCAGCCAACAGGGGUAAAGACUCGCUACUUCACUCUUCUUAAGUUGUUGCACAAAGUUAAUUUCCUCUUCUCGAGAGCGGAUAAAGGUGAAGUGUUGUCCAGGAGUAAUGACUCUGAGCUCCGUGGGAGCGUGCUGCCUCAGCCCAGAGGCCAAAGAGGCUCGCAGGAUCAACGAUGAGAUAGAGAGGCAGCUCCGCCGGGACAAGAAGGACGCCCGGCGGGAGUUCAAGCUCCUUCUGCUCGGAACUGGUGAAAGCGGGAAGAGCACUUUCAUCAAGCAGAUGAGGAUCAUCCAUGGCCGCGGAUACUCUGAGGAGGACAAGAGGGGCUUCACCAGGCUGGUCUACCAGAACAUCUUCACUGCCAUGCAGGCCAUGAUCCAGGCCAUGAACACGUUACAAAUCCCCUACAAGUACGAACACAACAAGGCCAACGCCAGUCUUGUCAGUGGGGUUGAUGCGGAGAAGUUGACAACAUUAAUUAACCCAUACGUGGAUGCCCUCAAGAGUCUGUGGAGUGACCCGGGGAUUCAGGAAUGUUACAAUCGGAAGAGGGAAUACCAGAUCUCGGACUCAGCCAAAUACUAUCUGAAUGAUUUGGAUCGAAUCGCUGACAGUGCUUACUUGCCAACCCAGCAGGAUGUCCUGAGGGUCAGGGUGCCCACAACAGGUAUUAUCGAGUACCCCUUUGACCUGCAGAAUGUGGUUUUCAGGAUGGUGGAUGUGGGUGGCCAGCGUUCAGAGAGGAGGAAGUGGAUACACUGUUUCGAGAAAGUCACUUCCAUCAUGUUCCUGGUGGCGCUCAGCGAAUACGAUCAGGUCCUCGUUGAGUCUGCCAAUGAGAAUCGAAUGGAGGAGAGCAUGGCCUUGUUCCGGACCAUCAUAACCUACAAGUGGUUCAAAGACUCCUCGGUCAUCUUGUUCCUCAACAAGAUCGAUCUGCUGGAGGAGAAAAUCAUGUAUUCACAUUUGGUCGACUACUUCCCUGAAUACGACGGUCCCCAGCGGGAUGUCAAAGCAGGAAAAGAAUUCAUCUUAGAUAUGUUUGUCAGUCUCAAUCCAAACGAGAAAAAAAUCAUCUACUCCCACUUCACCUGCGCCACAGACACAGACAACAUUCGAUUUGUCUUCCGAGCGGUGAAGGACCACAUCUUGCAGGAAAACCUCGAGGUCUACAACUUGGUUUAAAAUGGUGGAGUUGCCAUCGUAAUUCAAUCGGCUUUGUCCAGCUGGCAGUCGGGGGAGCUCUGCGGUGCUUCAGUUUGCCUCACACUGCUACUGAACACUAUAAUCCAAAACAGGAAAUUGAGAAGCUAUAGAGCUUCGUCGCCAAAUGACUGUACUACUGAUGUAUUUCAAAUUUUCCUGUUAGGCUCGUUGAAAAUGGAUGUCUCCAGCUAUAAUGAAGUGUGUCCUGACAAUUAAAGUGCCUCCUUAGUGAGGAAUCUAUUAUAGUAUGCACUUGGAAAUUUAUGGAGCUCUUUUUUGAAACAGUAUAAAUGCACGCUGAUGGAUUGAGAGGUGAAAAAAAGUAUUUUGGUGGCCUCAAAGGCCUCCGAGGACUAGUCAUGCACUAGGUCUCUCCUUCAGGGAAUCUGUGGAAGUGGAUGUAGACUUAACUGCAAUGCAGAACCUCACAUCCAUAACCCAAGUUGGUCAUGGUUGUUUUUUUUCUUUUUUUGAGGUCAAAACCUGUGAAAUACUCUAAACGCUUAGAUGGUAUUGUGACCUAAUGGAAAACGAGUCAAAAUUAACACUAAUGACACGAUUAUUUCAUUACACAAGUUGAUUUGCACACUGUUCCUUUUGUAGCAUUAGCCGUGCUGAUCUUGGGCAUAAUCGUUUCCACGAUCCUCGUUUCAAAUUUCACUUGACUUUGUACACCCUGUUUUUGUCUAUGAUGGCAUUGUUCGGUACUCAACCACUUUUUAUGUGCACAGGUAUAUUUUUUUGUAAUUUAACACAUUUCAAAGAGGCAUUCACAUUCUUUUUUUUUUUUCUUUUUUUAAAAAGUAUUUUUCAAGUAUCAAAGCUAUAGUAUUCAGUUCAGGGACUAUUUGUUUGGAUUUUUAAGUAGUUUUCUUGCCUAAAAAUAAUUUUGCUAAAAUGGCUUUAGAUCUUGCCCUGCUGCUCAUCUGAAUGUAAAUAUCACAUGGUACAGUGUUUUCCUAGUUUUUUCCACCUUUGUUUGCUUCAAGGUCAGUGUUGAAAUGUUAACUGCUGAAGAGAGAACCACUCUGUUAAAUAAUCUCAGAGGCCUUAAACUAGAGCAUUCUUGGUAUUUAUUCAUACGCUGUUCAAGGUAUCAAAUGCAUGAAUAAAAAGCUUAUGAGUGUAUCCACCGCA